CUCUCGACAAAAAAAAACCGACCACCAAUACCUCAACCACGAUGCCGCCAAAAAGCUUCAAACCCACCCGCGAGCGCAAGCAGCGCCGGCGCGCGCGAGUUGAACAAAGCGAAGCCCCCGCCGAUGCCGCCGACAAUGCCGCACCCUCCGCGCCGGCCGAUCCCAAUGCCGAAAUCAUGGUUCCUCUCACGGCCGCCGAGAAGGCUGAGAAGCGUCGCAACCAGCUGAAGCAGGAAUUGGCGGCGGGACUACCGAAGAUGUCGGCUAAGAAGAAAAAGCGCUUCAAUAAAUACAUCGAGACGAAGCUCAAGAAGGAGGAGUCUCAAGCUAUCAUCGAAAAGCUUGCGGAGACUACGGUCGAUACGAGUCUUUUUGCCAGCACCAGGAGUAUCGGCGCAUCGAGGGAGAGCAAGAAGCAGGCUAUCAAGCGCGCGCUGCUGGAGGAGCAGGCGGGUAUCAAUAUGGAAAAGAACAGAGAUAUUCUGUAUGAGGAGCGGCGGCCGGUGGAUCCGGAGGAUAUCGACAUGGAGACAACGAUGGAUGAGCCUGCGGUUGAGGCCGAGUUGGAACAGCCGAAACCAGUGGUGAAUCGGUUCGCGAUCGGUGCGAUUGUGGGAGCUGGCCUUAAGAGACCGUUGGACGGCGAUACAGUUGGACCACCCAUUAUUAAACGGAUCAAAAGGAACCGGAAGCCCUUAAUCAUUCAGCCAAUGGUAAUCGACAAGCCAGAAGAGACUUCGAGUGAGGAGGAAAUGCCGAGUGGCGAGGGGGAGAGCGAGGAAGAGGAAGAGAGUGGCUCCGAGGACGAAGAGGAGGAGGAAUGGGGUGGUAUCUCAGACGAAGACAACGAAGCAUCCAACGCCGAGCCAUCAGAAGGAGAUUCUGACGAAGAUAGCGACGAGAGUGAUAGCGAUGGAGAAGAAGAAGGAGAAGAAGAAGAAUCUGUCGCUCCACUAAAGCGAGGACAGUCCGGAAGGGCAAACGCCUUCAAAGAAUGGGCUAUGGCACAGAGAAGGACGGUUGUUUAUGGCGAGGACGAUGCCGUUGCCCCGUCCAAUAUAGAGACGUCAAUUGAAGCACAGUCUGAUAUUGUCCAUAUUCCCCGAAGCCGUGAAGAAGACAUGACCCCUCCGCCAGAGGAGCUGGCACCAUCAUCGCAAACGGAAAGAAAGGUUCACUACGUGACGGUGACUCGUCCCGAAGACAUCCAGACCGCCCGCAUUUCCCUUCCGGUUGUAGCAGAGGAACAGCGAAUCAUGGAAGCGAUCCACCGCAGCCCAUGUGUUGUGAUUUGUGGUGAGACGGGUUCCGGAAAGACCACCCAGAUCCCACAAUUCUUAUACGAAGCUGGAUAUGGAUCACCUGGUAGUCCCACGCCUGGACUCAUCGGUGUCACUCAGCCGCGCCGUGUUGCAGCAGUGUCUAUGGCAAAUCGUGUUGGCACGGAGCUCGGACCUGGCGGCAAGGAGAAGGUGUCUUACCAAAUCCGAUUCGAUGGAACUGUCGGUCCGAAAACCGCCAUCAAGUUCAUGACGGAUGGUGUUCUUCUCAGAGAGUUGGCAGAUGAUUUCCUUCUGAGAAAGUACUCAGCCAUCCUAAUCGACGAGGCCCACGAGCGGAGCAUAAAUACAGAUAUCCUAAUCGGUGUUAUGAGUCGUGUUGUGCGCCUAAGGGAAACCAUGAGCAAGCAGGACGGAGAGACAAAGCCCCUCAAGCUAAUUAUCAUGUCAGCAACACUGCGUGUCUCGGAUUUCGUGGAGAACAAGACUCUAUUCCCUAGACCGCCUCCUCUGCUCAACGUAGAAGCCAGACAGCAUCCUGUAACCAUACACUUUUCUAAGCGGACGGCCUCGGACUAUGUCGAGGAAGCCUUCAAGAAAGUCUCUCGUAUAAACCGGAGACUUCCUCCCGGAGGCAUUUUGGUGUUUUUAACUGGUCAGAACGAGAUCUUGACGCUGAUGAAGAGACUGCAACAAACUUUCCCAGAAAAGAACAAGAAAUCUGGAGGUAGACGUUCUGAAAAACGUUUCCAAUCACAAGUGAAGGUGCUGGCGAGCGAAGCCACCGUGGAGACUGAAGAUGUGGAGCUGGGAGAGGACAAUACACUCGCCCAAGAGGAGGACCCCAUCUCCGAAGAUGAGGAUGACAACCUUGGCGAGGAGAUGGGAGACAAAGAUGUGGAGUACCCACUCCACAUUCUCCCGCUUUACUCCCUUCUCCCGACGAAGGAGCAGUUAAGAGUCUUUGAGGAGGCACCUGAGGGUACUCGUCUAUGUGUCCUGGCCACUAACGUUGCGGAAACAUCGUUGACCAUUCCCGGUAUCCGAUACGUUGUUGAUUGCGGACGGUCUAAGGAGAGGAACUACGACAAAGUGACUGGUGUUCAGAGCUUCAACAUUCAAUGGUCGAGUAAGGCCAGUGCCGCUCAGCGUGCCGGUCGUGCUGGACGAACCGGUCCCGGCCAUUGUUAUCGUCUGUUCUCGAGCGCGGUUUACGAGACAGACUUUGAGGAAUACGCACAGCCAGAGCUAUUGCGGAUGCCGAUCGAAGGUGUGGUAUUGCAGAUGAAAGCUAUGAACAUCGAUACAAUCGUCAAUUUCCCUUUCCCGACGCCCCCUGACAGGGAGAGUCUGCUCAAGUCCGAGAAGUUGUUGGGCUAUCUACGUGCCAUUGCUCCUGACGGCUCACUCACCGAGCUGGGACGCACGAUGAACUUCUUCCCUCUAUCACCGCGCUUCGCUAAGAUCUUGAUGAUUGGCCAACAACAUGGGUGCCUGCCCUACAUCAUUGCCAUAGUAUCCGCACUAUCGGUUGGCGACGUAUUCGUGCCGGAGCAACAACUUGGAUUCUCCGCAGAGGAAGACGAGGACGAUCACGCUUCCAGAUAUGAGAGGAACAUUGCGAGGGACGCGAAGUCGAAGAUGCGCAGCGACUACUACCGUGCACAUGCAAACUUCGCAGCUCUGGAUAACGAAAGUGAUGCAAUCAAACUGCUGGCUGUAGUAUGCGCGUUUGAGUACGAGAAGAAUCCUGCAGACUUCUGCUCUCGUAGCUUCAUUCGGUUGAAGGCCAUGGAAGAAACGAGAAAACUCAGACAGCAAAUCACGAAUAUCGUCAUGGCCAACUCUCCGGGAGUCUUGACCAAGUUUGAGGCUAAACUGCCGCCUCCUUCCAAACUACAGGUCAAAGCACUGAGACAGAUUGUGGCGGCUGGAUUCGUGGAUCAAGUCGCAAUCCGUGCCGACUUGCUCCCCAACUCGGACUUCAAGGUCAACAACAUCAAGCUGGCCACGCAGAUACCAUACGUCACUUUGUUCCCCUCCAGCACGCAGCCUUCAGACGACAUUGCAGAUCGAUCCGUAUUCCUCCACCAAAGCUCAGUUCUGGCUUCGCAGAAUGCAAAGCCUGAAUACGUUAUCUACAGCGAGCUCACACGAUCGGCUUCUGGUAGCGAAAGGGUUUGGAUGAAGCCCCUGACUACGAUAAAAGGAGGCCAGCUAGGUGCGCUCGCGGAAGGCACUCCGCUAAUUACAUACUCCAAGCCCUUGGAAUCGAAGCCUCCGAGGGUUCUGGAGGAUUCCGGUGGCAAGAGGCGGGAGGUGUGGGUUGUUCCCAGAGUUGGCGCGGCCAUUGGCAAGAGUGGCCUUGGAUGGUCGCUGCCGCCACAGAGAAUUAUUCAGAAGAAGGAGGGACUUUCGCAGAAAUGGGAGAAGGAGUAGAUUUCGUCAGGAGCUUUUGUAUUUAGACCGGAGUAAAAGAUGAAUGAUGAGGAAGCACCUGCAUAGAGAUAUUUGAUUGCCG